GUAAAUGCGCUGACGGAUUAUGGGAGUGUACCUGCUUACUGAACAUGUCGCGCUCUCAGGGAACGCGCUCCCAAAUUACUGGAAAUUAUAUACGUGAUUUUUUGUGAUGUCUGGGCGGAUUAAAAAGACCUCGAAAAAAGCAGGAAACACACAAUCGGCUCACCGGUGAAUAAAUGAACGAGAUGAAGAAUUUGCUCUUGGAGGCGAAGUGCACAUAAACUAUGGACGGUUAUGAUGAUCGCCUACGGUGUGUUUAAGGCGUUGGGGCGUGGCAGCAUGCGAUCUACCUGAGCGUCUUGGUUCCACCUGGAGGUCACAGGAUGCCGGUGCAAGCAGCGCAAUGGACUGAGUUUCUGUCCUGCCCCAUCUGCUACAAUGAGUUUGACGGCAACAACAACAAGCCCAUCAGCCUGGGCUGCUCGCACACCGUCUGCAAGACCUGCCUGCACAAACUGCACCGCAAGGCCUGCCCUUUUGACCAGACGGCCAUCAGCACUGACAUAGACGUGCUGCCUGUCAACUGUGCCCUACUGCAGUUGGUGGGAGUGCCGGUUCCAGAGGGAGAGGUUGUAAAUGUGGGCAGCGAUGAAGACACGAGACAUUACGAAGUGUGCAGGAUGUGUGUGGAGGAGCUGGCGCUGUAUCUCAAACCCAUAAGCGGAGGAAAAGGUGUGGUUGCACUCAGUCAAAGCGCUCUCAGUAGACCCAUGCAAAGGAAGCUGGUGACUCUUGUGAACUGUCAGCUGGUCGAGGAAGAGGGGCGAAUGCGGGCGAUUCGGGCGUGCAGAUCUUUGGGCGAGCGCACGGUCACUGAACUGAUCCUACAGCACCAGAACCCGCAGCAGCUCUCUGCCAACCUGUGGGCUGCAGUGCGGGCACGCGGCUGUCAGUUUCUCGGACCCGCCAUGCAGGAGGACGCUUUGAAACUGGUGCUGCUGGCCCUGGAGGACGGCUCGGCUCUAUCGCGAAAGGUUCUGGUGCUGUUCGUGGUGCAGAAACUGGAGGCGCGUUUCCCUCAGGCAUCUAAGACCAGCAUCGGUCAUGUAGUUCAGCUGCUGUAUCGCGCCUCCUGCUUUAAGGUGACCAAACGUGAUGAAGACUCCUCCCUCAUGCAGCUAAAGGAGGAGUUUCGCACUUACGAAGCCCUCCGGCGCGAACACGAUGCUCAGAUCGUUCACAUCGCCAUGGAAGCGGGAUUACGUAUCUCACCCGAGCAGUGGUCCUCUCUGCUUUACGGAGACCUCAUGCACAAAUCUCAUAUGCAGUCAAUCAUAGACAAGCUCCAAUCUCCAGAAUCAUUUGCUAAGAGCGUUCAGGAGAUCACCAUAAUCCUGCAGAGAACAGGAGACCCAGCCAACCUCAACAACCUUAGGGUUCCUCUGGAGCUGCUAGCCGCCAUCGACCACAACCCUGAUGCGGCUGCUCCGUCCUGGGGAGAACUUGAGAGCGUGUUAUUGGCCGUAAAGGUGAUUGUCCACGGGCUGGUGGAAUUCAUCCAAAACUUUAGCAAAAAGAACCAUGAAAGUUCUCAGGCUCAACCAAACAGCAAGUACAAGACCAGUAUGUGCAGAGACUUAAGGCAGCAAGGCGGCUGUCCAAGAGGAGCCAGUUGCACGUUUGCUCACACACAGGAGGAGCUGGAGAAGUACAGAAUGAGGAAUAGGAAAGUCAGUGGGGUGGUUAGACCCUUCCUGUCAGUUUCAACAGUAAUGCCCAAAGCGGAUAUUAAAGGGUCAGAAGUAAAGACCUAUGAGGAGACACCGACCUCAGAGGAAUCAUCUAUCACCCAGCUCAUCCCAAGAGGAGGAGACCAUCCAAAAGAAGCAUUGCCUGCUACCAGCCAAGAACAGGAAUUUCUUUGUUCUUCCAGAACAUCUUCGGUAUUGUCUGUAGAUGAAAGAUGCGGUCCUCACGAACACAGGUCUGUUCUCACAAGAGCUCAUCCUGAAAUUUACUACUCUCAGGACCUGAGAUCACCGUAUGACCUCCCACCCUACCACCAAUCUGCCAUUCCUCAUCACAAGUCAUGCAACACUCGUUUUCUUCGAUCCAGCAAUGUCCCAGAGUCCACGUUACCCCCUUCAGUGGGCCCCCUGUACCCAGAUCAGCAUCCCUCUAUCCCUCAUGCAGACAGAUUGGGUCCCACCGCUUAUGGUCCACCCUCUACCUACGCUAUGUCCCAAGGCAUGUACACUCCCGUCUAUGACAGCAGACGCGGAUGGAGGCCACCGCUUCAUCCAAGGGAGGGCGGACGGAGCAACUCGCUCCCUUUGGAAGCUUUCCAUUCCUCCGUUUACCAGCCGCCACUCCGGGAGCGCUACAACUCGCUGGACAGCCCAUAUCGCACCAUGGAACAACGGGCAGCGAUGCACAGGGACUCGUUGGCCCGUGUUCCACUCGGCUAUGACGAACUCCUGCAUCGCCACAAACAGGAACAGUGGGCACAUCACCACGGCAACAUGAGCAGACCUUCCCAAUCAUCACCUGUUUUUACUGUGGAUUUGUGUCCAGAGCAUCCUGAGGGUGUGGGUGGUGGGUGUUCGGCUUGUAAGUGUCACGGUGGAGAAGACAGUCUUGCCCACUACUCUCCCUGGUCGUGCGGCACUAUCAGCCCUUUCGAGUCAGAGCCCUACCAUUUGACAACACACUCCUGUUCCAAACAGGCAGAAGAGGAGGGUGGUGGCAAACAAUGGCUCCACAUGUUUGAGCCCUACAGGCGACUGAAAGAUGAAGAUCCCAUCAUUCCUUUCGGAGAGGGGCCCAUCAUCUCCAAAUGGGGAGCCAUAUCUAGAGCCUCUCGUACUGGCUAUCAAACCACUGACCCGAUCCAAGCCACUGCCUCACAGGGGAGCGCCAGUACCACGUCAGUCAAUUUCAGAGACUACACCUCUCAUAUUCAUAAUGACCUCAGAUGGGGUCCACGCGGAUCUGAUUCCUCAAGUCACUCCAGCUUUCUAGAGAACGAUCAGAUGCCGGCGUCAGGCCUGCACGUCAGAUGUAAUUCUUUCAGCAGCGUGUCAAAGCAGACCUCGGAUCUGCUGGGAAAAGACGAGGCAGACAGCGAGCCAGACAGAGACAUUGAGCUGGAGCUCUCCGCUCUGGACAUGGAGGACAUUGAGACACAGGACAGCAAACCUGAGGAGUCUUGUGACACGCUGAGUUCCCAGAACAGUCACCUCUCUACGGCCUUUAGCGAUCCAGCGGCAAUGUCCCAGCUGGACAACCAUUUGCCUGACAGAAUGGAUGCCCAGCUUAUGAAGAAAAUGGCAUUCAGGAAGACCUUCUCUCCGGGAGGUCUUAGUAUGGGAAAGAUACCACUGAGCAUGUGCUCACCCAGGCCUGGAGAAACCCCACGACCCGGUCCAGGACCUGAGGUGCUGCUAAACGGGAACUAAAGGGGGCUGGACGCAACAAUCCCCUCAAUCUCCAAUACCACGGGGUCAUGCCAAGAAUCCACCAUACUCCUUAGGUAGAAGGUAGAGUUGUCCUUAUAGGAGUCAAUAGAGGCAGCAAGACGCGGCCGGAAGCCUUCUGUAUUUACAUGUUCUCUUCAUAAGAGCUAGCUAUGCCCUGUUAUUGUAAUCACUUGUCGUCUAUUCAGAGUUUGUUGUUUUUUUUAAUCACCACUUGUGGAUGAAUGUUCAUGUUGAGUCACAACUCCACCUCAGGUAACUGCUGAUGUCAGCCAAUCAGAACUCAAGCUAGGAACCAAUUACCCAUGUCCCAUAGCUCUGUACAAAACAAGAGGUUCUCACUAGCUUUUAGUACACUGAAUAGAUCAUAACCUGCUGUACAAUGACUAUAUAAUGGUCUCUUCAGAUAGGUAUUAUAGAUAUAUAUCAAUGUUUACAAUAUAGAGUCAGAUAUAUAUCAAGAAUAACCAAGGUGCUUAGAUUGUAUAGUACUUGCAUACUUAUUGCAGUGUUAGCCACUGAAAUGUGCAUGAAAUGUUUGUUGGGCAUCACUGUUUGAAUCAACCAUUGUGUAAAUGUACAUGUAUAGGUUGUUGUUGUAUGCAUCAUCGUGUAGUAGAGACAUUUUAUAGGCAAUCUUUAUUUCAUGCUAUGUUUUUAAAAUAAUAGCUCUCAGCAUUUACUUGAGCCUUGUGUAAUUGCACAAACUUUCGUUUCUUAUUUAUAAAACAGAAAAUUAAAUGACUUUUCCACACAAUAGGAGUGAAUGGCGACAGAGGUUACCUAGCCCAAAAAUAACAGAAAAUCUUCAUAAAAGUAGACAAUGCAUCUUGUGUUUUCUGAAGCCGUACCCUAGCUUUGUGUUUGCAUACGUAAAGUAAAAAAAAAUGACGACGGGUUUGACGUUAGUGGAGAUCAUUGGCAAGUUACAUUUGAUAUUAGCGUCAUGAAUAAGAUGUUGGUUUUGACAGAAAAGGUUUUUAGACAUUUUUGAAUGCUAUUCCUUUAAAGGUCACCAAAUAUGAGACAUUUACGUUUAAAUGUUGUUGUAAAAUAAUUGUGUGUUGCCUGUGUGUGUACACAACCACCCUAUAAUGAUAAAAAUGUGAUCGGUACAUUAAAUCCCCGUAAAACCUCAACAGUCUCAUGUGACAAGCGGUUGCCGUUUUUGGAUCAAACUUAUAUCACUUUGCGCAGGCCCCACCCACAACCGUCCAAAGACCACAGUUAGGGGGCGUGCACACCAAAGCUUCUACGCCCGCGGUGGGCGCAUGUUUCAAUUGUUUCCAAUGGAAGCUCAGCAUUUUUCAAAUAAGCCAGCAGCUAGCGGUUUUCUUCCGCGAUGAAAAA